AUGACUGAAUCUGCAUGGUCUAUAACAGGUCAGGUAAAACCAGCAUUAAUGAUACAUAUAUGGGCGCAUGCAUUUAUCGGUAAAAUUAUUUUCUUGGAUGAUGAGGAGGGUGAGAGUAGUCUGAUAAAGUAUGGCUGGUUGUCUUGUCUUUACUCCUUUUAUUUGAGGGAUGAGCCUUAUUGGAAGCAAAAGAUAAGAUGCGGUGGGAAAUCAAUCUGUCAUGAGUAUGGAGCUGGUCAUCCCAAGAAAGUAGACACCUUCAGAGUUAUUCCUGGAUGCUAA